GUAUAGUUGGUGGUAGAAUUACUGAAUUACGGCAUUAUGGCAUUACAGCAUUUUACCAGUUGGUAGAAUUAAUUAUGGCACAGUACCUGAUUGCUGUAAAUAUUAUAUGUCGUAAUGCUGUAAUGUCAUAA